AUGAUUUUAAUCUUUUCUACAAAACGCACGCGCCACACGUAUGCACUUUACCCCGCCCCCAAGCCUUGGGGCGCCGCUAACGUCCCCAGGCACUUCAACGGCGCACUCAUGUACUCGGUCGUUUCUGAUCACCGUCUCUCAGAACCCGAGACGGGUAGAUAUGCCCCUGACCCUGUGCUUUUGUCGCUGCUCAACAGCCUCCCCUUUGUUUGCUUCUUCUCGGGGCUCGUCCAGGGCUCCCAAAUCAGCAAUAGAUGGGUUCGUUGGACAAAGCUGGCAGCCGUGCCUAUUGUUCAGUCUGAGAUGGUGUGCGCUGCUGUAAGGGGCUUUAUCGUAGGGACGUAUCAGCUCCGAUUGGGACCCCUCCGCUGGCUAUUGCUCCAAGAUCGUGACGAUGCCGUGCUCGCCUCGCUCAGACGACUACGUGUGGGCCGCUUCACAGAGGAGCAGAUCACGGACGAGCUAGCCAGCUUCCGCAACACGAUAAAUGUUGCCGCCGGCAAGGGAUCUUGGAAAGAGGUCUUCCAGGGCUCGAACCUCAAGCGUGCGUUGAUUGUCUGCGGUGUCAACGUCUUCUUCCAGCUGACUGGCCACAGAUUUGUGUCCGAAUACGGCACCAUAUUCCUUCGAUCGCUCGACACUUUCAUCGCGUUUUCCAUGUUGCUGAUCAACUCGUGCAUCAACACGCUGGUUAUAUUAACAACCAUGUUCCUCUCCGACAUGGUUGAGCGGGUACUCGACACUGUAGGCGGCAAGAAGGCCCCUCUGCCGAUGCGUGAGGGGAUAACGGAUAUGGUGACCUUAUUCGACGUGAGUUUCAACCUUGAUUGGGCUCUAUUGGCUCACGUGGUCCCGACCGAGCUUCCUACUCUGAGGCUUCGGAACAAGAUCCACGGCUUGGGGUCCGCCAUCAAGUAG